AUGUUGAAUAUGCAAGGAGCUGAAGAGAGAGAGAUUGAAAGAGAGAUUUGUCCAGGUUGGGUGAACAAGCCUGCUCCAGAGCAGGAUGGCUCUGAAAUUGAUUUGCCAGGGAUAGCAUCAAAGAGAUCCCAAGAGGAUGAAUACCAGGAUUCUACAUUUGAAGAAAAAUAUGUAUGUGAGAGCAUGAAGGAAAACCCUCCCAGAGAGGUUCCUGGACCAUGCCUUUUCCAAGAAGGUUUUGGGGGAAUAGCUUUCAUCCACAAGGAAGCACCUCCAGAAAUGAUGAGACAAGAAUAUAAUUUUGAGAGAAGCCUGCUUUUGACCUCAAGCCUUGUUACACAUCUCAGGGUUUCUACAGAAGAGAGCCUACAUCAGUGGGAGACAAGUAGCAUAUACACCAAUGAGAUUUCAGACCAAAGUAAAUGUCCAAUCUUCUCUACACAGAAAAAAUCUUGGAAAUGUAGUGAAUGUGGAAAAACUUUUAAUCAGAGCUCAUCCUUUACCCAGCAUCAGAGAAUUCAUACGAGACCCUACACAUGUGAGGAAUGUGGGAAAACUUUUAGUCGUAGCUCAUUCCUUGUUCGACAUCAAAGAAUUCACACCGGAGUGAAACCAUAUGGAUGUGAGCAGUGUGGGAAAACAUUUCGAUGUCGAUCAUUUCUUACUCAGCAUCAGAGAAUCCACACUGGAGAGAAACCGUAUAAAUGUAAUGACUGUGGGAAUUCCUUCCGCAAUCAUUCACAUCUCACUGAACACCAGAGAAUUCACACUGGAGAGAAACCUUAUAAAUGUAAUAGAUGUGGGAAGGCAUUCAGUCAGAACACACACCUCAUUCAUCAUCAGAGAAUUCACACUGGUGAGAAACCUUAUUUAUGCAAUGAAUGUGGCUCUUCUUUUCGCAAACACUCAAAUCUUACACAACAUCAGAGAAUUCACACUGGGGAAAAACCCUAUAAAUGUGAUGAAUGUGGGAAGACUUUCCAUACAAAGGCAAACCUCUCUCAGCAUCAGAGAAUUCAUACUGGAGAGAAACCCUAUAAAUGUAAGGAAUGUGGGAAAGCGUUUUGUCAGAGCCCAUCCCUUAUUAAACACCAGCGAAUUCAUACUGGAGAAAAACCCUAUAAGUGUAAGGAAUGUGGCAAAGCUUUUGCUCAGAGCACCCCACUCACUAAACAUCAGAGAAUUCAUACAGGGGAAAGACCCUACAAAUGCAGUGAGUGUGGUAAAGCUUUCAUUCAGAGCAUUUGCCUUAUUCGGCAUCAGAGAAGCCACACUGGAGAAAAACCGUAUAAAUGCAAUGAAUGUGGGAAGGGCUUUAACCAGAAUACCUGCCUCACUCAGCAUAUGAGAAUUCAUACUGGAGAGAAGCCCUAUAAAUGUCAAGAAUGUGGGAAAGCCUUUGCUCACAACACGUCUCUUACUGAACAUCAUAGAACUCACACUGGUGAGAAGCUCUAUAAGUGUAGUGAGUGUGAGAAAACCUUCCGCAAGUAUGCACAUCUUAGUGAACAUUACAGGAUUCACACUGGUGAGAAGCCUUAUGAGUGCUUUGAAUGUGGAAAAUUCUUCAGACAUAGUUCAGUCCUUUUCAGACAUCAGAAACUUCACAGUGGUGAAUAA